AUGAGCAAAUCAGACACUAUAUCCAGACCGAAUUCGGUGGCACAUACUGCGGCGACCUCUGCUAUGAUUCCGAAUUCGCAUCUGUUGAGUCCCAACACUCAGGUUGUUGUUGGCACUCAUAGGUGUGAAAUUUUGGAGCAUUUAGCUGAGGGUGGGUUCGCAAAUAUAUACAAGGUAAAAUUCUUGGAAUUGACUAACGAGAUGGAUGCUGGUAUCGAUUCCAAACUGCUUAAGGCAGGGGACAUAGCCUGUUUAAAGAGAGUCAUUGUGCCCGAUGAAAAUGGUUUAAAUGAGCUAAGGAACGAAGUAGAGACCAUGAAGCAAUUGAGGGGUUCUCCAAAUAUCGUACAGUACUAUGACUCUAAUGCAUCAAGACAUCCAGAUGGAUCUCCAGGGUUCGAAAUUUUAUUGUUGAUGGAGCUCUGUCCUAAGAAGUCAUUGCUGGAUUAUAUGAAUAACAAAUUGGCAACGAAGUUAACUGAAGCUGAAAUAUUGAAGAUCAUGUAUGAUGUAUCGAACGCAAUUGCUCAGAUGCACUAUUUACCUACGCCGUUGAUCCAUCGUGAUAUCAAAAUAGAAAACGUGCUUGUUGAUAAGGAUGAUAAUUUCAAACUCUGCGAUUUCGGCUCAACUUCAAUGUGUUUUCCAAUCGUAUCAACGCAUCAAGAUAUUGCUGUACUUACGAAUAACAUUUAUGUGCAUACUACACCACAGUACAGAUCGCCUGAGAUGAUUGACUUAUACCGCUGUCUCCCUAUCAAUGAGAAAUCUGAUAUCUGGGCUCUUGGGAUCUUCCUCUACAAACUUCUAUUUUAUACCACUCCAUUUGAGCUAACUGGACAGUUUGCCAUCUUACAUUCAAAGUAUGAAAUUCCUCAGAAUGGAUACUCAUCCAAAUUGAUAAACUUAAUCAUUAUUAUGUUGGCGGAGAAUCCUUCACUAAGACCGAAUAUUUAUCAAGUCAUGCAUCAUGUAUGUUCUAUCCUGAAGUGCGAUGUUCCUUUCACUGAUAAAUACGAAUUGGGUCCUUACGAUUUUGCUAAAUACUCUCAAUACCACUUGAAAUUGCAACAAAUACAAUACCAAAUGUUUGAGCUAUAUAAAAAUGAGAAGGUAACUAGCGGAGAUGUCGAUAAGUUGAACGAUUUAUUCAUUCAAAAUUUCGAGAUAGCUCCAAAACAACCAAUUGAUAAAGGUAUUGGAUCUGUCGACCAACAAGAAGCACCAGAAGAUCUGGAAACUGAUAUUGCUAAAAUGGACGAAUGUUAUCCAACUGUGGAAAAGUUAGAAUCUGCUAACGCCAAGGAGAGAGAUGAUCAUCAUCUGCAAGUACUGUCCACCUCCCUCAAGCAAUCGAGCUCCAGAAGUAUAUCGGAUCUUUCAAACAAAUCACAAGUAUCAUUGGAUUCAAAUGAAAGGCACAGUUCACAUGGUAUAAGGGCGCCCUCUCCACUUCCUUCGUCACAACAGCCACAGAAUACUGCGAAUAUGUCGGCUGCUAGACAGCAUAAACAACAUAAUCCUUUUCAAUCACAAUUCCAGCCUGAAGUGGAUGCAUCUGAGUACUUUGAUGCGAACAACGAACAAUACUUCAAAGGCACUCCUCCUGCACAUCCAAAAAAUGAAAAGAAUGUAUCAUAUUUUCAACAAUCUCCGAUGAAGGAAAACAACCUAAAUAACUUGAGUAUCCAACAAAGUGAUCAAGCCCGUACUUUUGAUACUACAAUGCCUAUUUCUGAUGUUCCAAAUAAUGGCAACGUCGUGAAUGACGAAUACCUGAUUGACAUUUCCCCACCCAGAAAUAACGUACCCUAUUCUACACCAGCCGCAAUUACAGCCAAUAUGCAAGAUCAAAUCAUUUCAUCGCAACCUUUAUCUCAAUCUCAAUCUCAAUCUAAACCUCAGCCUCUUCCUCCACCCCAACCCCAACCCCAACCCCAACCCCAAGCUCAAGCUCAACCGAAUACACGAGCUUCACUGAGGCCUGAGCGCCAGCAGCAAAUUCCUGCUCAACCACGAUUAGACCUUACUUUUGAUCAACUUGAUCUUUCAAAGAAUUCAUUGACUAGGCAGUCAGAUACAGAACUAGAAGAAAGCAUUAUAUCAGAUGAAAGCAUUUCACUCGAUUUGAAGCAGCCGAAAUUGAAGGAGCCUGUAACCCAACCUCGUCAAACAACAUCUCCAGGGUCUGAGAGUAAAGAAUUUCUGAAACCCGCCAAAGUUCCUAAGCGUCGGUCAUUAGACCUAAAAUAUCAAGAAAUCAAUCUUUCGAAUGAUGAUCAACGUAAGCAUCGAAAAAAUAAGACAUCAUUUUCCCGCACCAGUGUCAGAAGAUCUGUAGAAAUGGAACGCAUGAAACAUGACUCCAACUCUACAUCUAAUUCUAAUGCAAGAGACGAAACCAAGGAGACGAAAAGAAGAUCGUUCUUUGGUGUAUUCAAAUGA